AUGGAUGAUUUAUACGACGAGUUUGGCAACUUCAUCGGCGAGGAGCCCGAAGCUUCGGACGAGGGGUCGGAGCAGGGCGACGCCGAUGCCGACAACUACGUCUACGGGGAUGACGAGGAGGUAGGCGAGGAUGGCGUGGGGCAGGAACUGAUGGAGGUGGACGACGAAGGACCGUCGAACGCCGUCGUCCUGCACGAAGACAAACAGUACUACCCGACUGCCGCACAAGUAUACGGGAGCGAGGUGGAGGCACUGGUGCAGGAGGAGGAUGCACAGCCGCUGAGCGAGCCGAUUGUGGCGCCGGUCGAGCAGAAGAAGUUUGCCGUUGAGGAGGCGGACCUGCCGCCCGUGUUUUUCGACCGCGGGUUCAUGGCAGACCUCAUGAACUUCCCCGAGCAAAUACGAAACGUGGCCUUUGCGGGCCACCUGCACCACGGCAAGACGGCGUUUGUGGACAUGCUGGUGCUGGAGACGCACGACAUUGGCGAGCGGCUGGAGCAGCGGUCCGGCCGGAGCCGCGACGAGCAGCUGCGGUACACGGACGUGCACGUGCUGGAGCGGGAGCGUGGCGUGUCGACGCGGAGCGCGCCCAUGAGCCUGGUGCUGCCGUCGACCAAGGGCAAGUCGCACCUCAUCAACCUCAUCGACACGCCGGGCCACGUCGACUUUGCCGACGAGGUGGCGUCGGCGCUGCGGCUCGUCGACGGCGUGUGUCUCGUGGUGGACGUCGUGGAGGGCGUGCAGCUGCACACGGAAAUGGUGGUGCGGCACGCGAUGCUCGAGGGCCUGCCGCUCACGCUGAUUGUGAACAAGGUGGACCGGCUGAUCCUCGAGCUCAAGCUGCCGCCGACGGACGCGUACUACAAGCUCAAGAGCACCAUCGAGGCGGUCAACAAGGUGAUUUUCGAGACGCUGCCGGGCGAGGCGGACGACCGCAGGCGCGUCAGCCCCGAAAAGGGCAACGUGCUCUUUGCCUGCACGGACAUGAAGUGGUGCUUCACGCUGGCGUCGUUUGCCAAGAUGUACGCCGACAGCUUCGGCGCCAUGGACACGGGCGAGUUUGCCAAGCGGCUGUGGGGCGACGUCUUCUUCAACCCCAAGAAGCGGUCGUUUACGCGCAAGGCUGUCGAGGACAACGCCAAGCGCUCGUUUGUGCACUUUGUGCUCGAGCCCAUCUACAAGCUGUUCACGCACACCAUCAGCGAGAACCCGCAGGACCUCAAGGCGUUCCUGGCGCCGCUCGGCAUCGCGCUCAAGCCGUCGCAGUACAAGGCGGACGCCCGUGUGCUGCUCAACCUGGUGUGCGCCCAGUUCUUCGGCCCGCCCGCCGCCUUUGUCGACAUGGUCGUGGCGCACGUCCCGUCGCCCGUCGAGGCGUCCGCGCGCCAUCUGCAGCGGUAUUACACGGGCCCGCUCGACACCAAGGUGGCCGAGUCCAUUGGCGCCUGCGACCAGGACGGCCCGCUGGUGAUGGAGGUCACCAAGCUGUACAGCGCGCCGGACGCCAAGAGCUUCCACGCGCUGGGCCGCGUGUUCAGCGGCAUUGCGCGGCCCGGCACGGAGGUGCGCGUGCUGGGGGAGGGCUACUCGCUGGACGACGAGGAGGACAUGGCGCCGGCGCAGAUUUCCGACGUGUGGAUCCCGGAGACGCGCUACAACGUGCCGACCGACGGCGUGCCGGCAGGCAACUGGGUGCUGCUGGGCGGCGUGGACAACUCGAUCGUCAAGUCGGCGACGGUGGUGGCGCGGCACUUUGCGGACGACGAGGACGCGUACAUCUUCAAGCCGGUGACGCACUACACGGAGUCGGUGUUCAAGAUUGCGGUGGAGCCGGUCAACCCGUCGGAGCUGCCCAAGAUGCUGGACGGCAUCCGCAAGAUCAACAAGAGCUACCCGCUCAUCACGACCAAGGUCGAGGAGUCGGGCGAGCACAUCCUGAUCGGCACGGGCGAGAUGUACAUGGACUGCGUGAUGCACGACCUGCGGCUGCAGUAUGCGGACAUGGAGAUCAAGGUGUCGGACCCGCUGACGCGGUUCUGCGAGACGGUCGUGGACGAGUCGGCCACGCGGUGCUGGACGCUGACGCCCAACAAGAAGAACCGGCUGACGAUGGUGGCCGAGCCGCUGGAGGAGGGCCUGGCGGGGGACAUUGAGUCGGGCGCCGUGCGCAUCAAAGACCCCGUGCGCAAGACGGCCAAGUUCUUGCAGGACAAGUACGACUGGGAUCUGCUGGCAUCGCGCAGCGUCUGGGCCUUUGGGCCGGAGGAGAUGGGCGCCAACCUGCUGCAGGACGACACGCUGCCGGGCGAGGUCGACAAGAAGAUGCUCAACACGGUCAAGGAGUCGAUCCGGCAGGGCUUUAGCUGGGCCACGCGGGAAGGCCCUCUCUGUGAAGAACCCAUCCGCAACAUCAAGUUCAAGCUCACAGACGUCACGCUCGCGCAAGAGACCAUCUACCGUGGCGGCGGCCAGAUUAUCCCGACGGCCCGCCGUGCCUGCUACGGCUCGUUUAUGCUGUCGUCUCCGCGACUUAUGGAGCCCGUCUACACCGUCUCGAUGACCGGCCCGGAGGCCGCGUCCUCCAAGCUGUACCAGAUCCUGUCGCAGCGCCGCGGCCACGUGCUGACGGACGUCGGUAUUCCCGGCACCAAUUUGUCGCGCACCGUCGGCCUGCUGCCCGUCAUCGACUCGUUUGGCUUUGAGACGGACUUCCGCAUCUCGUCCGACAACACAGGCCUCGUCAGUCUCGUGUUUGACCGGUGGCAGGUCGUGCCGGGCGACCCACUGGACCGCGAUGUGAUUUUGCGGCCGAUGCAGAUGGCGCCGGUGCAGGGCACGGCACGGGACUUUGUGCUCAAGACGCGGAAGCGCAAGGGUCUCAGCGAGGACGUGUCCAUUGGCAAGUUCCUGGAGCCGGAGCUGUACAGCGAGCUGGUAUCGAGCGGGACGCUGGAGGAGGGCUCAUAA